AUGGCAGACGAGGAAGCUGAGCAGACCUCUUUCCAGGCGCCGGCCAUGGAUGUCGACGCUGGAGAGCAGCGCGCAGAUAACGGAGACUCAGAUGACUACGACCCUUCUCAGACCCUGCAAGACCAGCAGCCUCCGGCCACCGAGUCGGAUGCUCAGCCCGACGACGACGCCCCGUCCAUGACCAUCUCAGCAGACUCCAAUGCUGCCCAGCAGCCUGGCGACGCUCCCAAUCCUUCCCAGACCCCCUCCCGUGCUGAGUCUCAGACGUCCACGCCGAUACCACCCUCGGGUGAGCCGGCGGAGCCCAAGACCAGAAUGAUCGGGGGAUUUGUGGUUGAGGAUGACGAGGAUGAUGAGGAUGACAAGGGUGAUGCGGAAUAUGAGCCACCGGGCGUACUUGGGGCCGAGGACACAAAAGCUAUGCCUGUGACCAUGUCUGAAGAACCCAGUUCAGGAAAUGCAAAUCAAACCACUUCCUCCCCUGAUGUAUCAUCUUCUGCGGCGCCUGCUAGCGCGCAUGAGGUUGCCAAUAGUUUUUCUCAUUUCUCUGUUCCUGUUUCUUCUUCUAAUCCCGAUCCUGCUGCUCCUGUUGCUGCCCAGUGGGCUCUUCCGCAGGACUCGCUCGCGCCGAGCCUGCAGACCAGUACUGUUCCUACUCCUGUACCUGACUCUCCUUCUGCCUCCCGAGCUCGCCUGCCCCAUGACCGCGUGGGCAUCUUGCAAGACCGGAUUGAUGAAGAUCCAAGAGGUGAUAUCGCUGCGUGGCUGGAAUUGAUCGUCGAGCACCGAAGCCGCAAUCGGCUGGACAGCGCGCGCGAGGUCUACGAGCGUUUCCUGAAGGUGUUUCCGAUGGCGGCUGACCAAUGGGUGGCGUAUGCCAAUAUGGAGUCGGAGGUCAACGAGUUGUUCCGACUAGAGCAAAUCUUCAAUCGCGCGCUUCUGACUAUCCCGAAUAUCCAGCUUUGGAACGUCUACUUGGACUAUGUGCGUCGCCGUAACCCCCUGACCACCGAUACCAGCCGGACCGUGAUUUCAUCAGCAUAUGAUCUGGCCUUGACGUACAUCGGAAUGGACAAGGACGCGGGUAAUGUCUGGUCAGACUACAUCGAGUUCAUUCGUUCAGGACCCGGAACUGUCGGAGGCUCCGGCUGGCAGGACCAGCAAAAGAUGGAUCUGCUUCGCAAGGCCUACCAGAGAGCCAUUGGUGUUCCGACUCAAGCUGUUAAUACCCUGUGGAAGGAAUACGACCAAUUCGAAAUGGGUCUCAACAAGCUUACGGGUCGGAAGUUCCUCCAGGAACAGUCGCCGUCAUACAUGACCGCGCGCAGCUCCUACACCGAGCUACAAAACAUUACUCGCGACCUGAUUCGCACCUCACUCCCGAGAUUGCCCCCCGUACCAGGCUCUGAAGGCGACGUCGAAUUCUCGCAGCAGGUGGACAUUUGGAAGCGCUGGAUCGCUUGGGAGAAAGGCGACCCCCUGGUCAUCAAAGACGAGGAUCUUUCCGCCUUCAAGAACCGUGUUGUGUACGUCUACAAGCAGGCACUCAUGGCGUUGAGGUUCCUGCCUGAGAUUUGGUUUGAGGCUGCGGAGUUCUGUUAUGCCAACGACAUGGAGAACGAGGGCAAUGACUUCCUGAAGCAAGGCAUCGAGGCCAAUCCAGAGAGUUGCCUGUUGUCAUUCAAACUCGCGGAUCGCCUGGAAGUCACUUCGGACUCGGAAGAUUCCACCAAGCGAGCAGCCAAAGUUCGGGAGCCGUAUGACAAGCUGCUUGAGGCACUCUAUGAGCUGAUCACAAAGGCGCGCACACAGGAGUCACAGGAUGUGGCUCGCAUCGAAGAGUGGUUCGCGAAGCAGAACCCUGAAAAACAGCCCACGAUGAACGAAGACGAAGAUGACGUCCCACCCGAGGAUAAGGAAAAAGAGUCGGCCAAGAAGGCGCAGAUCGAUGCUAUCCGCAAUGCCCACUCCAUCCAGAUCAACAUCCUCUCCAAGACCAUUUCCUUUGCCUGGAUUGCGCUCAUGCGUGCUAUCCGACGCAUCCAAGGCAAAGGCAAACCUGGCGAACUGGCUGGCUCGCGGCAGAUCUUUGCAGAGGCACGGAAACGGGGUCGCAUCACCAGCGAUGUUUACAUCGCCAGUGCUCUUAUGGAGUAUCACUGCUACAAAGACCCCGCGGCAACCAAGAUUUUCGAGAGAGGCGCUAAACUGUUCCCUGAGGAUGAACAUUUCGCCCUCGAAUAUCUGAAGCACCUCAUCGAUAUCAACGACAUUAUCAACGCAAGAGCAGUCUUCGAGACCACCGUGAGGAAACUGGCAUCCAAUCCCGCGAAUGUCCACAAAGCCAAGCCCAUCUUCUCUUUUCUCCACGAGUAUGAAUCUCGCUACGGAGAUCUCGUCCAGGUUAUCAACCUGGAGAAUCGCAUGCGCGAACUCUACCCCGAAGACCCCAACCUCAGCCAAUUUGCACACCGUUACUCCUCUCCGAACUUUGACCCUACCGUGGUGCGCCCUAUCCUGUCGCCCUCGCAGACUCGACCCAAGACAUCGCUUCCCGGGGUCACGGCAGAGCCACCUACAACCGGAUACCUGGAUCCGUCCAUGAGUUCUUCACCCAAGAGACCAUUCCCCUCGGACGAUUUCGACGACUCAAAUCGCCCGCGCAAAUUUGCACGCGCCGAGUCCCCUUUGAAAAGUAUUACUGGUCGGCGAGCUGAGCAGCCAAUGCGUGGCCAGCUGCCGAACGGCCAGACAACAACAUCGGCCUACAUGCCUCAGGGCUCACAAACCCCUCUGCCUCGGGAUGUGGUCCAUCUCUUGAGCAUCAUUCCUGCAGCCUCCACGUACACCAUCUCCAGACUUUCUCCCGAAAAAAUGAUCGAUCUCCUUCGCCGGACCGAUAUCCCCAGUUCUACCUCUCAAAUCCCGCUUCCACAGAGCGCUCGUGGCCUUGGGGGAGGCCAAACUUCUGGCUACUCCGGUAAGUCAUAA